AUGUUCUUCCUCAAAAUUGCCAGCGUCUCUGCGUUGACGGCUCUGGCAGUGGCUGCUCCGUCGCCUGCCAGACAUGUUCUUCACGAGAAGCGUCACCGUCCAGCGACCGAUUGGGUCAAGGGGACUCGCAUUGAGAGCUCCGCCAUUCUACCGAUCCGCAUCGGUUUGACCCAGUCGAACCUGCACGAUGGUCCUGAAGUUCUAAAGGCGGUCUCCGACCCCCGCUCCGACAGAUAUGGCCAGUAUCUCUCCAUGGAGGAAGUUCACGACUUGUUUGCACCGGUGGAACACCACGUCGAGAGCAUCAAGGAGUGGUUGCACCAUUCGGGCAUUGACAAGUCACGAAUUGUGCACUCGGACAAUAAAGGCUGGCUUGCGUUUGAUGCCACGACCGAGGAGGCUGAGCGUCUAUUCCAAACCGAGUACUUUGAACAUGAGCAUGCGGAAAGUGACCGUGUCCGUGUCGGAUGUGAUGAGUACCAUCUGCCCGAGCACAUUGCCCAGCAUGUUGAUUACAUCACUCCUGGGAUUAAAAUGACCCAGGCCGUCAAACGUACCGUGAAGAAAGAGAAGCGAGCAAUCAAGGCCGGAGCUUCUCGCACGUCGAUCCAUGCACCAGUCCAUGACCUCACCCCGGAACAUGGUCACUCCGGUGGCUCAGACUCGGAUCUUGCAAACUGCAGCUACAACAUAACUGCUCCUUGCAUUCGUGCGUUGUACGGUCUUCCCAAGCCGACCAACAAGCCAAACCCGGACAAUGCACUGGGUCUCUACGAGCAGGGUGACUACUUUGCCAAGUCUGAUUUGGACCUUUACUGGAAAAACGUCAAUCCCGAUGUGCCCGUGGGUACUUACCCCAAGCCGCAAUUAAUCGAUGGCGCCAAUUACUCUGUUCCUGCAUCUAGUUCAUUAAACUCAGGAGAGUCAGACAUUGAUAUUGAAAUGGCAUUCUCCUUGAUUUAUCCUCAAGAGGUUGUUCUUUACCAAGUUGACGAUCAGUUGUAUGAACCUGCCGAAGUCGCUACAACCAACUUGUUCAACACCUUCCUGGAUGCUCUUGAUGGAUCUUACUGCACAUACUCUGCUUACGGCGAAACCGGCAAUGACCCAAGCAUCGACCCAGUAUAUCCUGAUCCCCAAGAGGGCCAGCUUCAAUGCGGAGUCUACAAGCCAACUAACGUUAUCUCCGCAUCUUACGGCCAGGCAGAAAUUGAUCUCCCUGCGAAGUACGUGGAACGCCAGUGCAAUGAAUUCCUUAAAUUAGGCUUGAGUGGGGUUACCAUCAUGUUUGCUUCCGGUGACUAUGGCGUUGCCUCGUUCCCUGGUGACGGUGGAAACUCCAACGGCUGUCUUGGACCCGAUGCUCGUAUCUUCAAUCCUCAGUACCCAUCUGGAUGCCCCUACGUGACAUCGGUCAGCGGAACCAUGCUUUACCCAGGCCAGGCAGUCACUGACGCCGAGAGUGUCAUGCAAGUCAAUUUAGGAGGCAGUGCCGUCAAUUUCUCCUCCGCUGGGGGUUUCUCGAAUUAUUUCGAGCGUCCAUGGUAUCAGUGGGCUGCUAUUGAGGAAUAUUUCCAUGUUGGCAACCCGUCGUAUCCAUAUUACUCAGAAUUAAAUGUCGACUUCAACACCACUACCGGUCUUUACAACCGUAUUGGUCGUGGUAUCCCUGAUAUCGCCGCUAACGGAGCUUACUUUGAAUCAUACUUGGAUGGAAAGCUUGUCCACUUCUUUGGAUCAAGUUUGGCCAGUCCAUUGUUUGCUUCAGUCAUCACUCUUAUCAACGAGGAGCGCCUGGCUAUCGGCAAGUCCUCCGUCGGCUUCAUCAACCCCGUUCUCUACCUCAACCCUUGGGCUCUCAAUGAUAUCACCAACGGAACUAACUUGGGUUGCGGCACCGAAGGUUUCCCAGCUGUCAAGGGCUGGGACCCAGCUACCGGCCUCGGAACUCCUAACUAUGCCAAGCUUAAGGAGUUGUUCCUCUCUUUGCCUUAA